AUGGUAGAUGCAGAACUUAGAUACCCACAAAUGGAAAAGCUGGCAUUGGCACUGGUCACUUCAGCUUGGAGACUACGCCCGUAUUUCCAAGCUCACAAAAUAAUUGUCCUCACCAACUUUCCCUUACGACAGGUCUUGCAAAAGCCAGACACUUCUGGACGACUAGUAAAAUGGGCUGUAGAGCUCAGCGAAUACGACAUUCACUAUAAGCCAAGAACUGCCAUGAAAAGGCAGGCUGUGGCAGACUUCAUAGCGGAAUUAACACCAACAGAACCUCAAGUAUAUAGUAUCGACCGACAAGUGGUUGAGGAAGAGCAACUCUGGACACUCUACGUGGAUGGGUCCUCAAAUUUUCGGGGAUGCGGGGCAAGACUUCUACUAAUCUCUCCAGAUAAAGAAAGAUUCGAAUAUGCGCUGCGAUUCAACUUUCAUGCAUCCAACAACGAAGCCGAGUAUGAAGCUCUACUAGCAGGACUAAAAGUGGCCAGGUACGUAGGGGUCAGGAACAUACUGAUACUUAGUGAUUCACAGUUGAUUGUAGGYCAGGUGAAAGAGGAGUUCCAGGCUAGAGAAUCGCGAAUGACGAAAUACCUUUCACAGGUAAGAAACCAGCUCGACCAGUUCUCAAAAUAUGAGAUUCGACAAAUUCCACGUGCUCAAAAUGUCAACGCAGAUGCGUUAGCUCGACUAGCUACGACUUAUGAAACCGACUUAGGCCGAACUGUACCGGUCGAGAUUCUACUUGGGCCAAGCAUAGAAGCUCAGGAAGCCAUGGAUAUCGACGAUCAAGGGCAACCAGAAGAAAACUGGAAGAGCCUUUUGAUCAAAUAUCUGAAAGACGGGAUCCUGCCUACAGAAAAGAUAGAGGCCCAGCAGCUACAACAACGAGCGGCCAGAUAUGUUCUUAAAGACGACAAUCUGUACAAAAGAGGCUACUCAUUGCCGCUUUUAAAAUGUCUAACGCCCGAUGAAGCCGACUACGUCAUGAGAGAGAUACAUGAGGGUGUUUGUGGGAGCCAUUCUGGAGCACGAUCCCUAAGUCACAAAAUAAUUCGACAAGGGUACUACUGGCCGACCAUGCUGAAUGACACGAAGCAAUUCACCAAAAAAUGCGACAAAUGCCAACGGUUUGCAACCGUACCUAGACAACCGCCAGAGCCUCUAACAAGCAUAAUGAGUCUUUGGCCCUUUGCUCAGUGGGGAAUAUACCUUAUAAGGCCUCUCCCUUUAGGAAGGGGCCAGACCAAAUUUGCAGUAGUGGCAGUCGACUAUUUUACUAAAUGGGCCGAAGCCAAAGCCCUAGCGACAAUCACUGAGAAAAAGGUCACCGACUUCAUCUGGAAGAACAUAAUUUGCCGCUUCGGAAUAUCCUACAGCAUUAUCAGUGAUAAUGGGAAGCAGUUCGACAAUGCCGCCUUUCGAGAAUUCUGCAGGGAGUUGGGCAUUAAGCACAUCUGUUCCUCUCCARCACAUCCGCAGGCUAAUGGACAAGUUGAAGCAGUCAACAAAAUCAUCAAAAGAACCCUGAAGACCAAAWUAGAAAAGCUCAAAGGGUUGUGGGCAGAGGAACUUCCCAACGCAUUAUGGGCAUAUAGAACGACACCUUGUACUUCGACAGGUGAAACGCCAUUCUCAUUAUCAUUUGGCUCUGAAGCGGUAGUGCCAGUCGAAAUUGGACUCCCCUCCCCAAGGGUAGAGCAGUUCACUCUACUUGACAACRACGAAUCCGUAAAACUCAACCUCGACCUAUUAGAAGAACAUCGAGAAACAGCACGACUACGAACGGCUGAAUACAAAAAUCGAAUAGCUCGAUACUACAACUCGAAGGUCAAGAAACGUGACUUUAAAGAAGGUGAUCUGAAAAUACUCGAUCGGAGGAGUCAGAUUUCAGUUCAAACUCCGGCAACGACAGAGAAGAAGAAGAAGAAGAAGAAGCUACAGAGAAGACCAGCAAUUAAAAAGAGAGAGAGAGAGAGAGGUAGAAGAACCGGCGGAGUUCUAAUCGGACUUGAAGGCGGCGUCGAAGUGGUGGUGGUGGUCCGGGUGGUGGCCGGCGACGUAGUUGAGGAGGCCCUCGCCGGCUUUGUCGGGCGGCGGGAGGGAGGUGUUGGCGAAGAGGAGGACGGCGAGGAGGAAGAGGGCGGUGGAGAGGAGGAGGGGCCAGAAAUAGGCGAGGAGGGAGAGGAAUCUCGGAGCGAGGAGGAUGAGGGAGAAGAGCGCCAGAGAGAGGAUCAGGCCGGCGAGGAAAUGGAAUCUGAACUUGAGCAAUUUUCCGGCGAUCUCCAUGGAUUCCGAUUAGGGCUCGGUCUUUUUGCGGAGGAGGAAGAACACGAAAUUGGGGGAUUUUGCUUUUGCUUCUGCUUUAUCUUUCUUUUUCUUAUUCAGAGACAAAUUUGCAAAUUCUCUCUCUCCAGAGAUUCCCUCAGGCUAAAAUAA